AUGGCUAUUUGUCUGGGAAGACGCCAGGCUCCACCAAAUAUUGUGACACCAGAAGAGCGUCAUGCUGCAGAAAAUGUUAUUAUGGACUUUCGGAAGACAAAGAUGCCAUACAAAUUAUGCAGAUACAUACUUGAAAACAGCAAGUGUGAUUAUGUCCUGUUCCAAGCGGCUACUACCAUUAAGGAGGGUGUCAUAAGAGAAUGGUCCAUUCUUAGCUCUGAAGAUGUGGAGUCCUUGCGAUCAUUUCUACUCCGGUUCAUUACUCAAAAUAUAACGAUCCAGAGCUAUGUGAGGGAGCAGAUCCUCCAGACUGUGGCUGUGAUACUUAAAAGGGGUACCCUAGAGGACCUAAAAGGGGCUAGCAGGAACAGUCUGUUCCAGGAUGUUACUCACCUCGUCAGUAGUGGCAAUGUCACCAUGCAACUGGUCGCAUGUUCCAUGUUAACGGCAUUACUGAAUGAGUACUCCAGCUCUAGCAGGACAAGCAGUGUGGGCUUUACCUGGGAAUUUCACACUCGUUGCAAGCGAGCAUUUGAGGAGGCAGACUUAAAGAGGGUGCUGCUUUUUGCAUUACAAGUACUGAAUGAAUUGGAACAGCAGCCAAGCCCUCUCCCCCGAGAGGCUAUGGCUGUCCUCAACAGAAUGUUAUCCAUCUCUGAGCAAGUUCUGUGCUGGGAAUUUGUACCCAAAGCUGCAAGAAGACAUGUUGGAUCUUUCGAGAUGACUCAGAACAUUCCAUUAAAACCAAAUGAAAAGUGGCGAGAUACAUUAAUGGACAAGACAGUGUUAGUUCUGUUCUUUAAGAUCCAUAGGAAGGUUAGACACAACUCAGAAAUGGCCCACCACUCCAUGCAGUGUCUAACACAGCUGGCCUCACUCAAUGGUAACAUCUUUGCAGAUGACAAAGCCCGCUGUGAAUACCUGGCAACUUUUAUUGAUGGAUUUUUACAGUUGAUCACAAGCAUUGACCUCCAAGACUAUGAAAACCUUGGAGUAGCAAAUAUCUUUAAAAACCUGGUGAUGCAGUUCCCAAUGGCAUCUUUGUUCGCACUACCAGAGAAAAUGUUUGACCAGUUUUUGGAGCAGUUGACAAGACUUACAUGCACCAUGGGACGAGGAGCAGCACUGGAGGAGGCAUACCACAAGGAUGACACAAUUCACAUGGAGGCCUAUGAGAAGAUGCUGGAAACAUGGAUGGAGCUAAUCUCCAAAAUGAAGGAUGUAUCGUUAGACAAACUACGACCACAGACUCAACAAGUGUUUAACUCGUAUAUCCAAUGUCACAUCAGCGCACCAGAUGGAACCAGGACACGGGAAGGAAUGGAUUCUGUGUCAGAUGAAGAUGAGAUUGACAGUGUAGAAGAAGACGACCGUGAGAGGUUUUCUGACCAGCUCUGUAGUAUUGGUAUAUUUGGACGGAUGGUACCAGGGCACAGUAUACCUAGUCUCUGUCGGUUACUGGAGGAUCGAGUUGCUAGGUUACAUGGUCAGCUACAGCGACUACAGCAUCAACAGCAAUCGCACACACAGCCCCCUCCUAUGGACCCUCACCUAACCAUGUUGUAUGAGGAUAUACACUGGAUUAUAUUAGUCACCACUUUUGUAUUAACGGAAGAAUCAGAGGGAGAGACCCCUAUGAUCCCUUCGGACAUCAUGGAGUAUUCUAUUAGCCAGUCAAAAUCAGUAGACAUUCCCACAACACUCAAGGUCCUGGCAUCCCCUGGGGAGAGAGCAGACAGCAUUCCAGGGGCUGACCAUAACACAGACUUUGUUGUCAGGCUGAUCUCAGCAGUAUUACGUCUGUGUGAGGUAGAGAAGCGGGCACUACAAGCCAAGAUGACUGGGUCUCUCAGUCCACAGGUUAGCGCCACUACCAUGUGGUUUCUACGGCGAUGGUCACAGUGCUACUUGUUACCAGAUGAGAACUAUUAUUCUCAGGUGAGUCCAGCCAUUUUGUCUGCAUUUGGACGUGACUCAGAAGGUGCUCGAUGGACUGUGCAGUUUGUACUGGAGAAAAUUCUCAGUAAUUUGUCAUGCUGGGUGGGCGAGGAAGGUAUUCUAGAGGAUACGUUAUCUCUCCUCAACUCCAUGGUGGACAACAGAAUCAGGGCUGAAUAUGUAACAAAGUGUGAUUUACUGUGGACACUAGCCAAGCAGGAAGCUGAACACAAGCCUCCUCUAAGUCUGUUGCCAUUCUCUUGUAAGCGGAUGUUACUGCGCUCCCUGGUACAGGCAGGCUCUGGGGUGGAGGAGAGUUGGAAGGAUGAAUACUGGGCCUGUGUGCUGACUUCCAUACACACAAGAUUUUAUGAAACAGUAUGCCAUGAAAAUUUUAUGAAGAUGUCCUAUGUAUCGGAUAUGAAGGAGAGAAUUAUAGACCUGUUGGAAUGUUUAUGCGGUAUUGCCCAGGGUACACGUAUUGAUAACAUGGAACGUAUCUUCAGCUUCUUUCAUCCCCUGAUGACAGACUCUAUAAAACUUCUAGAUGUGUAUCAUGCAUAUGAAGAUGUUGUUCAGCUAGUGAUCAAGUUUUUCUCUGAGGCAGUACAAGCAAUGCUGUGUUAUCUGGGCGAGAGAGACUCCAAGAAGAUGUAUGAACUUUGCUUGUCAUUGACACAGACCUAUUCCAAACACAAUAUUGGUAAACAUAUUUUUGAUGCCAGUGGAGAGGAGGAGGAUCGUUACAAUGAUAUUAUGUUGGUGAUGGAAAUGCUUACCAACCUUUUGUCCAAGGAUUUCAUUGAUUUCAGUGAUCCAGAUGAUGAUUCUGUUCCUGGAGACAAGGUGGAGGCAUCAGACGUUGCUCUUUAUGGACUUAACACUGUGAUACCCCUGAUGAAUGCUGACCUUCUCAAGUACCCUACACUUUGCUCGCAGUACUUCAAACUUGUGGCAUUUCUGGCUGAGCUACAUCCAGAAAAGUUUGCCAGUAUUCCAGAAGAUAUGUUCAAAAACCUGGUAGCAUCUGUUGACUUGGGAUUUUCAUCCUAUGGGUCUGACAUCACCAAACUCAGCAUAGAGAUUGUCACAGAACUGGCCUCGUAUGUGUACCAGGAAAAUCAGGUGGGAACACAGAUCCAUUCCACCUUGUGUCACUUCCUCAAGUCUGUGUUCAAUAUGCUGUUUUUGGAAACAUUUAACAUGGACCUAUUGGAGACAGCCAGUACUGGACUCUUUUGUCUAAUCUGUUGUCACCAGGAGCAGUACAGAGAGUUGGUGAACCAGUUACUUCAGAGCCAGUCCGAUCCCACCUACAAGCAGCGCCUCCUAGAGGCCUUCAAUAACCUUACUCCACCCACUCUAACAAUGACUAUCAACCGUCAGAGCAAGAUUGCAUUCAUGCAUAAUUUUGAUCAGUUCCUCACAAAUGUGCGAGGAUUUCUAUGUGUCAAAUAAUGUAAGUGUGUAGACUAUUUGAAUGGAUGGAACUGUACGAAUGUUGGUAAAAAGGAUUUUCUAAGAUAAUGAAUGGGAUGAUUGACCAUUUCUAGAUACACACAGAGAAAUGUUUUUGUGUAAUAUUAAUCGAAAUAAUAGACUUGUUAUGCCUAUAGAUUUCUACACCAUGUAAGAUCAAUGUUUGUCAGUUUUUCACUUUCACAUUUUCUUGACUGUCAUUUUAUAAGCAAGCAAUAUGGACAGACUUGUUAAAGGGACAAAACUCUCUGACAGGAAACAUGUGCAGUGUAUGUCAUUUUUCAACAUUGAUUUUAAAUUCUGAUGAACUAAAAUAAAUUAUUCAUCUUAGAGAUAGCAAUAGGGACAACAAGGCAGUUAGGACACCUGCUACACACCUGGAUGUAUGGGUGUUAGGACACCUGCUACACACCUGGAUGUGUGGAUGUUAGGACACCUGCUACAAACCUGGAUGUGUGUGUGUUAGGACAGCUGCUACACACCUGUAUGUAUUGGUGUAAGGGCACCUGCUACAAAC